UGAUGCUCUUUCUUGUACUGAGAAAACUAAAAAUGAUGAUAACAGAGUUCUUCUUGCAUGCAGGUACUGCCAUAAAGUGUACGCUACUGAAGAUGGACUCAACACUCAUAUGAAGAGUCAUGUUUGUGUAUGUGAAUUGUGCGGCAUGAAAUUUACAUUUCGUCAUCAGAUGUCCAAUCAUUUGCAGGAUCACAAUGAACUAAACAAAACAAGACAAAUCUUGCACCAACACAGAAAUGGCAGACAAUCUUACAUUUGCCCAAUCUGUCAAAAAAGAUUUGAUGUUAAGAGGAAGUUAAACCGCCAUAUGACCAGGCAUUGCGACCUUGAAUAUAGAUGUAAUGAUAUGGACGUGCGCACGGGAAUCAAGCCACAUGAAUGCCCGCAGUGUUCACGAUCCUUCAGCCGCAAAUGGGAUUUAAAAAUCCACCAAAGGACUCAUGACCCCCAGAGGAAGAAGGAACACGUUUGUGAUUUUUGCGGCAAAGAGUUCUUCAGGAUUUUUGAACUCAUCCGCCACCAAAAGCUACACACUGGGGAUAAAUCCUACACAUGUGAGAUCUGUGGGAAGGCUUUCACCACAGCCAGUUACUUAAAUGGACACAGUUUCUUGCACACUGGGGUGAAGCAGCACACCUGCGACGUGUGCGGGAAAUCGUUUUCUCAGAAAAAUAACCUGGUCAGCCAUAUGGCAGUGCACAGUCAAACUAAAGAUCACAGGUGUGAGUUGUGCAACAAAGAGUUUUCCAGGAAAUGCUACCUGAAGCAACACAUGAAGGCCCACUUGAAAGAAAAGCCUUUCGGUUGUGGAGUCUGCGGUACUCGCUUUGGAUACAAGUUUUCUCUCCACCGCCAUCUUCUGAUACACGGGGGUACAAAACCAUUUGAAUGCAUUCUGUGUGGUAAGACGUUCUUGUGGGAAAGCACCUACAAAUCACACAGAAGGCACCAUGAAGGAACAUGA